UUAUGUUUUUGUGUUCCAGGGUUUCGGUGACGGCUCCAUCAUGCCUGAAGACCUCCGACAAGAAGAGGAGGAGGAGCCAGAGCUGAUCCUGGAUGGUGGUCUGCCCCGAUACGCCACCUCCUCCCUGACCUCUGACCUCCUCCUGCCUGUGGAUAACGGUAGAGAGAUGGCUGUGGACGAGGAGGAGGAGGAGGAGGAGAAGAAAGUGGAGGAGGUGAAGGAGCAGCAGAGACUGGAGGAGAGCUCAGGCUCCCUCCCCAGGAAACCUCCUCCAUCGUGGGAGGAGUGGAAGCUCAGCUCGUCCCAACAGGUCAGACGAGCGGAGGAGACUCGUCGCAGAGAGGAGCAGGAGGAGGAGGAGGAGCUGCAGAGGUCAGACCGCGAGAGCAUCGCGUCUGUAGGACAACUUAUCCUCGGUCUUCCAGACUCCAGAGACAGUGAAGCGGACUCUGAGCUCACUCUGACCGACACCGACACAGAGUCGAUCAGGAUGACUGACAUGAAGAGGAGGAGGAGGCGGGGCCAGGGAGGUGCCUCUCUACCAAUCAGAGGAGGCGCUCUCCCAGAGAGGGAGGAGGGGGAGGGAGAGGAGACUCCCGCCUUCAGUCACUGGGGACUCCCCCGCAGGGUGGAGGUGUGGCCGGAGGAGGGUCAGUCUUUGGGCUUGAGCAUCGUGGGAGGUCGUCAUGUGAUCAAGCGUCUGAGGAACGGCGAGGAGCUGAAGGGGAUUUUCAUCAAACAGGUUUUAAAGAACAGUCCUGCUGCAAAGACUCAGUGUCUGAAGACCGGGGACAAGAUCCUGGAGGUGUCAGGUGUGGACCUGCGAGCUGCCAGUCACGAGGAGGCAGUCGGCGCCAUCAAGUCAGCUCCGAGCCCCGUCGUCUUCAUCGUCCAGAGCCUGUCAGCCACGCCACGGCAACCAGGUGCAGCCCCGCCCCCUCCGAGACAGCCCCCGCCCUACAGACCUCCCAGCCAAUCAGAGCAGGAGCUGAGCUCUGACCUGCAGCAGGUCAAAGGACUUGUUUGAACCAGCAGUCCCUCCGUCCCGUCCGUAGACGUGUCACAGCAGAGUGGAGGACGUCUUUCUAAUUCUUUAAAACCUUUCCUAAACCUCUCUCUCUCUCUCUCUCUCUCUCUCUCUCUCUCUCUCUCUCUCUCUCUCUCUCUCUCUCUCUCUCUCUCUCUCUCUCUCUCUCUCUCGGUGGAGUUUUGGGUUUCCUCUCUUGCUGCCUCCCUCUGCUCUGGGUGCGUUUAGCUUGGUCUGGUCUGCUCUGGGUGCGUUUAGCUUGGUCUGAUCUGCUCUGGGUGCGUUUAGCUUGGUCUGGUCUGCUCUGGGUGCGUUUAGCUUGGUCUGGUCUGCUCUGGGUGCGUUUAGCUUGGUCUGGUCUGCUCUGGGUGCGUUAAGCUUGGUCUGAUCGGGUUUGUUUUGGCGCUCUCGGAGCGGGCGGACGGGGCUGUGAGGCUUUUUCUUCUUUUGGCUGCUGGUUGGAGGGUGUAGCUGUUUGUGGGAGGAGCUUAAGUGUUGACUGAAACUGAAUCAGCUGUUUGGUGAAAGUAAAUGUUCCUCUUCCUGACUUUCAUGAUCAUCUUUUAAAAUCUCACUGAAAUGAUUUGAAGUCCUUCUGAAGCUGAUUGCACCAACAUGGAGAAAACCUUUGUACCUGCAUGAAGACUCUAAGCGUGACUCACACACACACACACACACAGACACACACACAGACACACACACACACACACACACACACACACACACACACGCUGCAGAUUGAAAAGCCUUUUAAAUAUCAAUUAAUACUUUUAAUGUUUAAGUGUUUAACUAUUAACUGUGUGAAAGAAUAAAGAUCCUCCUGUUGUGUUUGUUUUUAAAGACUUUAAAGUCGAGCUGCAGAAAAAGUUGAUCUAAAGCCCCGCUAAGUCCACAAAGCGUUUUUUCUGGGCAGUCAAGCGCUCAGAGCGCUGCACGUCCGUCCUGUCUCCAUGACAACAGUCUGUUGAUACCAGCUGCUGUAUGACCCACACUGCUCCGUUACUUUUUACUGCAUGUUUUAUAUUUGAGAUCGUUUAUUUCCCGAUCAGAAACGGAGCGAGGAGGAUGAGGGAACGAGACACACGGCUAAACUACGGGGAAUAUCAAACAUGUUGAAAAGAGCGGCGGUGACGUCAACAUCGCUUUUCUAAAAAGUUGAACGAUUUUCAACUUGAGCGCUCGGAGCGGCUGCACAAAAACAGCAGAGUGCUCUGAAAGAAGACACUGGGUGCUGCACUUUCCCUCCAGGCGCACACCGUCUGCUGUGAACGCUCUCCACUCUGCCGCUCAGAAAGAACCGCUCGGUGGACACGGGGCUUUAAUCUUAAAUUUGAUGUUUUUGAGUUUGUGAAUCUGUUGAUUAAAACAGAAGAUGUGAUUAAAGUGCCAACAUGAAUCUCUUUAAUAAAGUGUCCUCAUAAAAACCUUCA